UUUCAUCGGGCUUUCACCGGAGGGACACAAACUCGAAAAACGAACGAUAAAGUUCCCGGCGCUGCCGGUAACUCCUUCACUGCCGUUCCCGCUAGGUCUGGCUCUGGAUAGCUAUUUAGACACCAGCCAGCAGGGGGCAGUACCUCCAAUGGCACCUUAUCGGGUGACUGGGGGGUUAACCCAAUCUUCCUCGAGUUCUGGAAUUUUCUUCCAAGGAGAUUGGCAGUCUCAGGCUGUUGUUAAUUCUCGCUUGAGAUCACCUUAUGAGAACUCAUCUGAUUUAGUUCCCGGAACUGGGUAUCCUAUUCUUGGCCCUGUUUUGGGCGAUAUGAACAGUGCGGUGUUGAAUGGUGUGGCAACCUCAGGACCUAGUGUUGGGGAAAGUUCUUUGGUCACAGAUGCAAAUUCGGCGCUGUCAGGAGGUCCUCACUUGCAGAGAAGUGCUAGCUUUAAUACCGAGUCAUAUGUGCGCUUACCAGCGUCGCCCAUGUCUUUUUCCUCCAACAAUAUAAGCAUAUCAGGUUCAUCGGUAGCUGAUGGAUCUUCUGUAGGCCAGCAGGGCUCUCAUCAAGACCCAAGUGUUCAAAUGCAGAACAGCCAGCUGCUGCAGCAAGGGGCCUCAACUGCUUCAUCUUUGCCUGCGUCACAAACCGGGCAAGUUUCACUUCCCAUGGGUCCACGAGUUCUAGGGUCCUUCAUGCAAGAUCCUAAUAAUCUAUCUCAGGUGCAGAAGAAACCUCGAUUAGACAUCAAGCAAGAAGACAUUCUGCAGCAGCAGGUGUUGCAACAGUUGGUGCAAAGACAGGAUUCUAUGCAGUUGCAAUCUCGAAACCCCCAAUUACAAGCUUUGAUCCAGCAGCAAAGACUUAGGCAACAGCAACAAAUUUUGCAGUCAAUGGCACCAUUGCAGAGAGCACAGUUGCAGCAGCAGUAUCAAAUGCAGCUGAGGCAGCAAUUGCAACAACAGGGCAUGCAGCAAGUAGCUGGAAUGAAGCGUCCCUUUGAUGGUGGUGUAUGUGCUAACCGCCUAAUGCAACACCUAUAUCACCAACGGCAAAGGCCUCCUGAUAAUACUUUUGCAUACUGGAGGAAAUUUGUUGCAGAGUAUUAUUCUCCUCGUGCAAAGAAAAGAUGGUGUUUGUCACUGUAUGAUAAUGCUGGGAGUCAUGCACUUGGUGUUUUCCCUCAAGCUGUUAAGGAUGCCUGGCAUUGUGAUAUUUGUGGGUCUAAAUCUGGAAGGGGGUUUGAAGCAACUUUUGAAGUACUCCCCAGACUUAAUGAAAUCAAAUUUGGUAGUGGAGUGGUUGAUGAGCUUCUGUUUUUGGACUUGCCACGUGAGUGUAGAUUCCCUUCUGGAAUAAUGAUGUUGGAGUAUGGAAAAGCAGUCCAGGAGAGUGUAUAUGAGCAGCUUCGUGUUGUUCGUGAGGGGCAGCUUCGUGUCAUAUUCACUCAGGACUUGAAGAUAUUAUCUUGGGAAUUUUGUGCACGUAGACAUGAAGAACUUUUUCCGCGCCGUUUAAUUGCUCCUCAGGUAAACCAGUUACUUCAGAUAGCACAGAAGUGCCAGAGCACAAUUUCUGAAGGUGGAUCUGAGGGGGUUUCUCUGCAGGACUUGCAAACAAACAGCAAUAUGGUCCUGACAGCUGGACGGCAGCUUGUGAAGAGUUUGGAGUUAAAGUCGCUGAAUGACUUGGGUUUUUCGAAAAGAUAUGUCCGGUGUUUGCAGAUUGCCGAGGUUGUAAGUAGCAUGAAAGAUCUAAUAGAUUUUUGUCGAGAACACAAGGUUGGGCCUAUUGAUGGCUUGAAAAACUAUCCUCGACAUGCCAGUGCAGCCAAGCACCAAAUGCAAAAGAUGCAGGAAAUGGAGCAGUUAGCGAAUGCACAGGGUCUGCCAACUGACAGGAAUACCUUCAAUAAGCUAAUGGCACUACAUCCUGGAAUAAGCAACCCAAUGGGUAGCAGCCAGCAGCAGAUGGUUGGUCGAGGAGCUUUAAGCGGUUCAGCACAAGCUGCUAUGGCACUUUCUAACUACCAGAAUAUGCUCGGUAGGCAGAACUCGAUGAAUUCAAACCCUCACUCACUCAAUCAGGAAGCCUCUUCUUCCUUCAAUAAUUAUAACCAGAGUCCAUCUUCAAAUUUCCAAGGACCUGCUACCUUGUUAUCAGGAUCCAUGCAGAUCCUGCCUGGUAGUGGCUUAUCGAGUCCCCAUUUACAAACUCAACCGCAGCAGCAGCAGCUUACAGUAUGCAGUAAUAACAUAAUCCAAAAGAACCAUUCGCAGCCCUCUCAGGGUAACCAGGUUUUACAACAACAAAUGAUUCAACAGCUGUACCAUGAGAUGUCUAAUUACAAUACCGGAGAUCAACAACAGCAACAGCAACAGCAGUCCCUGAGUGGGCAGAAUGAGAAUACCAAUUCGGGAAGAAACUUAUUGGGCUUUGGUAGCAACACCACUGCUCAACCAGCUGCAGCCACCUCUAAUGUAUCAGGAAGUGCAGCUGGGGCUGCCCCGAGUCGAAGCAACAGUUUUAAAGGCGCUUCAAACAGCGACUCCUCAGCCGCUGGUGGCAACCAGAGAGCACCUGAUUUUCCUCGGAGUCUCCAUUUGCAGGAUGAUAUAGUUUCGGAUAUAGCUCAAGAGUUCUUGGAUAGUGGGUUUUUUAACAGUGAACUCGAUGAUUAUGACUGGAAGGCAUGACUAACAUUAUGUGGCCCAGUUAAGGGCUCUCCCAUUCGGUGAGUAAUGGAGCAAAUUGUUGUAUAGAGCAUUGGACAUAGCUGCUGCCCUUUCUUCCCAUUGUUUUAUCUUUCUCGACCACUUCAAUAUGGCAUUGUUGUGACAACACUUGCUUUGUGCUUUCAGUAGGGAUUUAGCUAUCAAUUUCCUUUUCCCCUUUUCUUUUUUGCUUUCUUUUUUAAGCAUUUUCAGUUUCAAGCCUUGCAAAUGUAAUCUAUUGAACAAACUUUGGGAACAUAUUCUGUUUCUUAUAAUAGAAUGUUUACAUGUUUCA